UGAGACGUGUGCCCCAGCUGCCGUAGGUGGGGAGCGGGCUGCGGAGGGCUGAGCCGGGAGAUCAGCUCAGGAAGAACCUCAGGUCCAGAGUGUCCAGGGCUCAGCGGCACCUGUCUGCAGGCGCCUUGGCUUCAGCGCCGCGAUGCUGCCUGCAGCGCCGGGCAGGGCGGGCGGGAGCCGCGAGCGGUCCCCCGGUGGCCCAGUGCCCCCAGAACACACAAAAGACAUCAUAGUGAUAUAUGAAGAAGAUGCUGAGGAAUGGGCCCUGUACUUGAGGGAAGUAUUUUUACAUGUAGUGAAAAGGGAAGCUAUCCUGUUGUAUCGCUUGGAGAAUUACUCCCUUCGGGAUUUGGAGUUGCUGAGUUUAAACUCUUACAAAUGUAAACUUUUGAUAUUAUCAGAUAGCUUGCUUAAAGACUUAACUCCAAAGAAAUGUCAGCUUCUGGAAGAGGUACUUCAUUCACCAGAAAGUGUGGUUACCAUGCUGUGUGGGGUGAAGAGUUCUGAUCAGCUCUACAAAGUAUUAAAUAUCUCUGAAGGCAGAUGGGAGAUCUCGACUGAGCAGGGGCCCGAAGACUACAUCUCUGUAAUCGAGAGCAUCAUAUUCAGAGGUUCUCAGGACUACCUUCAGGCCAAUAUUCCAGCAAACCUAAGAGUGGAACAUUCUGGGGAAGUAAGUAAGAGAAAGGAAAUUGAAGAAUUAUCAGAAACUUCAAGAAGCAGCAUACCACUAGCAAUGGUGCUUCCCACUGAAAUUCCUUGUGAGAAUCCUGGUGAAAUAUUUAUUAUUUUGAGAGAUGAAGUAAUUGGUGGGACUGUGGAGGUUGAAUUUAUGUCAAAUAAUAAAUGCAUUAGAGCACAGCCAGCCCUUUGGAAUAAGACCGUCUGGAGUAUGAAAGCUUUAGAUUUUCCUGCUGGCUCUGUUAAUGUCAGUGUCUACUGUGAUGGAGUCAUUAAGGCCACAGCUGAGCUUAAAUACCACACAACAGAAAAGACUAUGGAGUGCCUGAGAGUGGCAGGUCCAGGAGACGGUGCAUGCCGGAAUGACAUUGAAGAACUUGAUGAUAUACUCACAUCCAUAUUCAAACAAGAGAUACCAUAUUAUGAGUUCCGAUCUCUCCAAACUGAAAUCUACUCUCAAAAAGAAUGUACUCAUUUCAAAGAACUUCCAACUCUUCUGCACUGUGCAGCAAAAUUUGGCUUGAAGAACUUGGCUGUUCAUUUGCUUCAAUGUUCAGGAGCAACGUGGGCAUCUAAGAUGAAAAAUUUGGAGGGCUCUGAUCCAGCACAUAUUGCUGAAAGGCAUGGUCACAAAGAACUCAAGAGAAUCUUUGAAGACUUUUCAAUCCAAGAAAUUAGCAGAAAUAAUGACCAAGAACAUGACUAUGAAGAGGAUAUUACCUCAUUUUCUACAUAUUUUCCCAGCACACAGAACCCAGAACUUCGUCAUGAAAGUGGGCAGACACACAGGCAGUGUGCAGAAGGAGCUGAGGCGAAUGAGAUAUCACAGGAAGAAAAAGAGAAUGAAUUGGGCACGGAGGCCGAGCACACCAUGCCAGAGCUUGGCAGUGGGAGUUCUGAGGAUCAGUAUGAUGACUUGUAUGUGUUCAUUCCUGGAGACAAUCCAGGAGAUAAUCCACAAGAGUCACUCAUGAGCACCAGACCACCUCUCCCCCCACCGCGACCAGCAGCUGCUGCCUUCCAACUAGAAAAACCUCACUUCACAUUACAAGCACAAAAAAUGUCGGAAGGCCAAAUGGAAAGAAGUCAAAAUUGGUGUGAUCUUGGUGCAAGACAAGAAACAAGAAGUGAACCCAAAGGAGAAGAAGAAAAGACAGAGGGUGAAAAGGAGCAGGAGGAGGAGGAAGACCCAUACACUUUUGCUGAGAUCGAUGACUAUGAAUAUGACAUGAUACUGGCCCAUAUGAGUAUAAAGAAAAAAUUUGGAAGUCGGUCUUUCAUUAUAAACAGACCUCCUGCCCCCACACCUCGACCUACAAAUAUCCCUCCAAAAGAGGAAACCACGCCUUACAUAGCUCAAGUGUUUCAACAAAAGGCAGCCAGAAGACCAUCUGAUGGUGACAAGUUCCAUGGUCCUAAGAAACAAGACAGAGCUCGGAUGGAGAGUCCAGCCUUUUCCACUAUGAGGAAUUGCCUGGCUGCUGGGCAGGAAGAACUCAUCCUCUUGCAGGAGAAAGUGAAGAAUGGGAAACUAUCUGUGGACCAAGCCCUGGAGAAAUUUAAACACUGGCAGAUAGGAAAGACUGGCCUGGAAAUGUUUCAGCAGGAAAAACUACGUCAACUACGAGAUAGUAUUAUUGGGAAAAGACCCGAAGAAGAAAAUGUCUAUGAUAAGCUCACCAUUGUGCACCAUCCAAAUGGCAAUGAAACUGUCCACAAUGAAAAUAUGUUGUACAGUAUACCCUUAGGCAAUAAGCUUCCUCCUCGACUCCAAGUUGAAAAGGAAUUUGGUGUUUGUUGCAGAAAAGAUCAGUAAGGAAGGUUAUUAUAAAGAAACAAGAAUCUGCAGACACUGCUUUCUGGGUGAAGCAAGCUUGCAUUUGGAUUGUCUACUGUCUUUAGGGCAAAUCUAUACCAUGGAAGCAAAAGUAAUGUUCUGGAUUUUAGAUUUUGUUACUUCCAUAAUUUAUUGGCAUUGUACAUGCUUCAGAUGGGUAUAUCAAGACUAAAAUUGGAUGCCAUACAGCAAUUUCAUUCUUUGAAAAAUCUUGCACUUUAGAAUGUACUUUGCCACUGAAGCAGCUAUUUUCCAUUUUAAAAAUUAAAGAAAAACAAGAGCAGAGAAGUUCAAUGUUCUGUAGUGAAGUUACUAGGUCUGUUUGAGGAACUAACCUUAAUAAAUUACUACUCCUGUCCUUAAAAUAACAUGAAAAUACAAUUUUUUUUUAGUAUAUAUUGCCUUUUAAGCAGUGGGUCCAUUUUCUGAAUUUCUCUUACUCAAAACUGUAAUUAAUAUUGUCACAUCAUAUUUUCAGAUACCUUCCCGUAUUUAGUACUUAUUUGCAUAUAACCCUGAGAACAUUAUUUUUCUAACUUUCUGUGUCUUACAUUAGUACACAUUUCUAUAACCUAUAUUCCUUAUUAAAAGGCUUGCAAUUUCAUCACCUUAUUUCUAAGACACAAUUUAUUAGCUUAGAAUAGAAAGCAGUUUUUUUCUGUGGUUUCCAUGAAAAAUUGCUGCAAAUAAAAUGAAUGUUUAAAAACAUGUCUGACUUUUCAAAAUCAGUGAAUGAAAAUUAACCAUUAAAUUCUUCUAAACUUAGCAGUUUACAGAGAGAAGCCUACCGAAAUUUUAAAAAAUAACUAAACUUGAUUAAUUCCACUGUGUAGAGUCCAUAAAGUAAAAUAAACUCCAAUGAUAUUUUUCUAGCUUCUAAACAAUGAUAGAAAUGUCUAUUCAAAGUGAAUCUGCAAAAUAUUAUUACAGGUGUCUCAGUACUAUUGACAUUCUUAAAUAAGCUCAAGUUGUAAAAAAUAGCUUAAUUAAUCUUUAUAAAAUGUGCUUUUGAUUAUGACAUUUGGCAAUUCAGUUCAUAGUUUCACAUCCACGCUUUCAAGAAAUGGCAUGCUGUUCCACACACACUGAACCCACAUUUCUGUGGACUAUUGCACCCAAAUAGCUAGGAAAAACAAUAGAAAAACUGCUUUUCUAUAAUUUUCUCCAUCUAUAAACUGUGCAUGUAUGUAUCAUCUCUAAGAACUUCUAUGUUGGCCUGUGUCAUGCCUAUAAUUCCACCAUUGGCUUUAUUCUUCCUAAAAAAUGUGAAAUCCAGUGACAGGUAAAAUAUUAACUUUCCUAAUUAUAAUGCAAUUACAUCAUUUCUCACCUGAGACUCAAUUUCAAGAGUGGAAGUAGGAGAUAAGGCUCGCGUGUUAUUUGGAUCUUUAACUUAGGUGGAAAUCUAAAUUCAGGACUUCUAAAUGCUACCCUUAUGAACUGGGCUGACUUAGAAUAAAACCAUGGCAAAAAGCCCCUUUAAUGGCCUAUUUCCCUAGACACUUGGACCCUUGAAAUCUUACUGCUUUGUCAUCACAAAGAAGCAUGGAAAAAGAAGCCAAAAAGUCACUGAGGUCCUCCCUAUGUUUCCUUGACUGUGAUUCUUCCCAUUCUUGGCUGAGUAGGUUUUACCAGAGUGGAAGUUGAGUAGAGUUGAUUGGAGAAGGUUGAAGUUGGGGAGUCAGGAGGACUCUAUAUCAUCCCUCUUGCAUGGAAGGAAGAGAUGAAAAGUAGAGAAAUGCAAAGGCAGAAGAAGAUUAAUCCAAAUGUAGGAAUGAUGCCAAAUGAAAAUGUUCCACGAGGAAGCAAUACUCUUGAAUCUCUAGGCUUCACCCCUAUCGUAUAGAACACUUUUCAUGAAAUUUGAGCCGCACAAAAAACAGAAGCUUGGUCUUAGUGAUGGAAGAUCAGAGGACAGGAGCAGAGGGGCAGGGAAGUAGACUGGAACACACUUUCUUUAAAUGUUUCAGACAUUUCUCAAAGAGCCCUUGUCACUGAGAGAAAGGAAGGACCUCCAUGGGAGAUCUUUUGAAGAUUUUGUGCUGAUUCUGGAAGCCUGAGCAGCCGAUAGUUAUUAUACCUUAUUUUUUUCCUUCAUCUCUUCCUCAAAUCAGAUUUGUUCCCAAGCAAUUACCCCCAACUUGAUCCAAGAGCCAAACCCUACCUCAGGUUCUUAAAUUUACCAGGACUCUGACUUCUAGAGAAAUUUGAACAGGUACUGAAUGUUAUCAAAGGAGUUUUAUGCUUAAUAUUAAUUCCUUUCUUUUCUACUAGUCAAUUUUCAAGAAUAACAAAGAGGAAACAUAUAGACCAGUGGUUUUCAAAUGAAACAAUUUUGCUCUUCUUGCCCCAGACAUUUGGCAAUAUCUGGAGAUAUUUUUCAUUGUCAUGACUGCAGAGAAGGUACUCCUGGCAUCUAAUAUGUAGAGACAAGGGAUGCUAAUAAACCUCCUAGGAUACACAGGACAAAGAAUUUUCUAGUCCAAAAUUGUCAAAAUUAUGGAGGUUGAGAAAACCUGAUCUAGACUACAAAGUAAAUAAAUGCGAUGAAUACUUAAAAAAGUGUUGUUAAAAUAAAAACAGUUAACUUUAUACAGAAUUUUCUGAAAGUGGAAACAUGAUAGCAUAAAUGAAUGUCUUUAUUUUGCAAUACAUAUGACAAGUUUAAAUGGAUCAUUAGAUACUCAAAAAAAUGGAUGGCUCUAAUAGAUUUUCAUAAAUCAAGCCUUAAAUUAUUCUACCAAUGGAGAUUCCAAUUUUUAGAAAGUGAAACUAUUCUCGGUAUUUUUCUAAUGAGAAAAACCUUGUAACUUGUGUCAUUAUUAUGUCCUAUUUGUGUACUAUGUAUUUGCGCAUCUGAGUUUCUUCUUGUUUAAUGCUCAGGGUAUCUGUUUUAAUAACGUGGACUUAACUGAAUUUUACUGCAUAUUGCUUUUCUAAAUGGGUAAAUAUUGAGGAGCGAGAUCUGCAUCAGGAGCCUGAUAAAGCGGAUUAGCACCGAGCUGAUCGGAGGCCCUAUUUGCAGCCCUGUGUGUAGCUGUAUGGGGUUGACCUUUAAAGGCAGGCACUGCCACUUAAAAGACAGCAAAAAGCAAGAUUCUCAAUUCAAUAGACCUCAAAUUUAUAAAUUACAGUGUGUGAUUUCCUCAAUAUUCUCAUCUUCAAAAUGCAGACGAUAAUGCUUCUUACAUAAUUUUAUGGAUAUUAAAUGACCUCAUGAGCAGAGCCGUACUGUAUUCAAGAGCAUAAGCUUUGAGGUUAGACUGACCUAGUUUGUAUAUUAGCUCAGCUGUGUCCCAGCUGUGUCAACUAAGCCAGUUUUUCAGUCUUUCUGAGCCCUAUUUGUUCUUUGGUAAAAUGGGUAUAAUAAGACCAUCGUUAACAUAGGUUGUUUGAUAAUUUAAUGUAAGGAGAUCAUUUAAUUUGUCAUUCAAAGAGGACUCUUUUGAUGGCAAAAUGGAGUACCAUUAAUAAUUAUGAUGGAAAAGCAGGCACGAACCCGGACUACCUCAGGCAUACUCUGGGUACAUGGUAACUUUACUAAAAUGAGAUGUAAGUGCUUAGAAAAUUUUGGCUUGGAGUAAAUUGUCAAUGAAGAUAGUCUGCAAGAAAUAAUCCUCUUUGAAAUGUGAAUGCCGUGUGAUACACUAGGCUGGCUUAUUGUCAGCUCUUAGGUACAGCCUUAUAGCAUAUGAUUCAAGUCCAUAUCAUUAUAGAGAAAACCUAAUGAUUACAAAGUAUGACCACUUAGAUUACCCAUAAACAUCAGAAGCCUCAAGUGGAAAAAUCUGUCAAUGGUACGGUACUAUAGCAAUGUUUCCCAAGUUGUGUUACAAAAACUCAUAAUUAUUUCAUUAAAAAGGGAUUCUGUACUCAGGUGAGCUCAGAAAGUGCUGUGUAUUUUAGUCCCUUUUCGAAUAGCAUGUUAGAAAACCACGUAUUGAAGACUAAGUAAUCCUGUAGUAAAGAAAUCUGUAGUUUACAAAUAUAUGGUGAUGGAAGGAGAACUGACUCUGCGUGGUGAGCACACAGUGUGAUAUAUAGAUGAUAUAUUACUGAAUUGUACAUUUGAAACCUAU